AUGGCGAGCGAUUUCACGCUGGUCGACCCCAAGGGAUGGGAGUAUGAUUUGCAUUCGGUAUACUCCGCGUACAUGGGAUAUUUCCAGAUCUACAAUGUACCCUGGUACGAACGAUCAUGGGGACACCACUUCCAAUCCUUCGAAGAGUUCCUCGCGUUCUCCUGGCCAGUCAUCAUCGUCACCGACGCAUGGACAGGUCGCGCACACAUCGUCACGCGGUUAAAUUCCAUUGGUGCUUUUCUCAAGAUGAUAAAAACAAGGUAUUUUCCUUCCUCCACCCCUUCCCCUGCCUCUCCCUCCACCAAACUCACACGCUUGCUUCCUUCCAGAUUCGGCGAAACCCUCCCACAAGCACCCAACAUCCUCCAAGUCACCCCCUUCGAAAACACAAACCGGCACCUGCGCAACGUCUCCGACUAUCCCUCCUACAAAAAGCUACACUCGACGCUCCCGGCUGCUGUGCUUGCCGCGUUGAAAACACGGGUACGCACGGGGGAACCCAAGGCUAUUCAGGAGCUUUGGGAUAGGCGGGACAAGACGUUUUUGGCGAUUGAUUUUGAGUGGAGUGAGAGGAAUCAGAAGAGUUGUUUGGAGUGGGGGUAUGCGGCUGUUAGGUGUGGGCAUUUGGAGGCGGUUGGGCAUUGGCCGCCGAAUCCGGAUACCAAUUAUCGGAAAGGACAUUAUAUCGUUGCUGAAUACUUGGAUAAAGUGACGAACAAACAUUGUCCGAACCAUCCAUGGCAGUACGCGUUCGCGGAAAGUCAAGUUGCCUCAAAAGCCAAACUUCCGCAAAUCAUACAAGCCGUUAUUAGCAGCCUUGCAAGCCCCGAAUCGGAGAUGACGCCUAAUACGCUUGUGUUGGUCGCUCAUGGGAUUUCGGGGGAUUUGAGGAGGUUGGAGGAGAUGAAGAUUAAAAUUCCAAACAACGUGCUCAUAAUUGACACAUCCGUCUACGAACGCGUUCUCUACAAAAUGGGACACAGAGGGCUCAUGGCCGAUCCUAAAACUGGGAAACCUCGGGAUCAAGGGAUGACGCUUUCGCUUGAGAAUCUGCUAGUGUCGUUUACGAUACCCACGCUGCGAGCUUCAUCGCCCGCGCCUUCGUUGCCUUCCACGGGUACGGGCACGGAGGAACAAACACCACAGACGACGACGUCGACGCCUCCAGACGGUCCGCCUCAAAUACAAACUCAACAAAUGCAGCAAACACCGCAGCUGGCACAGCUCCCCAUCGUCCUCCCUCAGUGUACUAUGCACAACGCUGGGAAUGAUGCCAUGCUUUGUCUUUUUGCGCUGCAAAAGUUGUUGGAACCUGCUGGGACGAGGGUGCCGAGUGUGAAGAAGGGGAGGGUUGGGAGGCCAGGUGCUGGUCAACAACAACAGCAGCAGCAGCAGCUAGGGAAUACCCCGGGGAUGUAUGUUAAUGGGAUGGGUAUGAACGGGAUGGUUCCGAUGAACGGGAUGGUCGCGAUGAAUGGGAUGAACGGCAUGGCUAUGAACGGUAUGGGGAUGGGAAUGAACAUGGGAAUGGUCCCCAUGCCUAUGCUCAGCCCGACGCUGAGCCCCAUGAUGACUGGGAGCCCACUCAUGCCUGUUGUUCCCAUGUCUCCGGGUGGAAGCCACCACAAGCGGUCAGGCUCUGGGCCAUAUGAUCUUGCGGGUGAGUUUGGGCAGAUGGGGUUGGGUGCUGGGAUGGGGAUGACGAGGGCGUAUACCACGGGCCAGUUCUUGACCGCUGGUGCGGCUGAGAACGGUGGGGAGAGGGAGAAGGAGAAAGGGGGAAGUUGGGGGAGGGCUGUGGGUGCUGGACGGGGAAGGAGGUGA